AUGAAUUGUUUGUAUACUCUGAUUUUUUUACUAAGAACUACUGCUCUACUCAUUAUUCAAAUCUUCCAGGCAGCUGCGACUACCGAACUUUCAGGUUGUGAGAAGUGUGAUUUACGUUCAUCAUUUUGUCAAAAAAGUAGCAGUACGGGUAAAGUGAAUUGUAUAUGCCGUUCUGGCUUUGUCGCUGACAGUAUCGGAAAAUGUCGCCAUAUGCUUGAUUCUCGCAAAAUUAACAUGUCAAAUAAUAAAUGUAUUUCCGGACAAAGUGAAGGAGUAGCUGAAAAAAUAUUAUCGGAAAUACUGGAAAAAUAUGAUCGAAAUUUGGUGCCAGCUGUGGAAGGUGUUGAUGUCGACGUCGAAAUACUCAUUCAACAGAUAUCCGAAAUUUCUGAAAUACACAGCAGUUCUAAGAUGCAUAUCUUGUUGGCACAGAUCUGGCGAGAUCCUAACUUGUCAUUUCAAGACAUGGAAGGAGCAGAUUGUAUGCAAAAUUUAACUUUAUCACAUCGUAUGGUGGAGAAAAUAUGGUUGCCAAACGUAUGCAUCGUAAACAGUAAAGGAUCGGUAAUUCAUCAAUCGCCCACACCGAACGUUUUUCUCGCUAUCCUUCCGAAUGGCACCGUUUGGGUAAAUUACAGAAUUAUGGUGGAAACGCCGUGUGAAAUGGAUUUUUCAAUUUUUCCAAUGGAUCGUGUUGAAUGCAUAAUGGUUUUUGAAAGUUAUUCAUUUAAUAUUGGUAAAGUUCGUUUGCAUUGGAAACGCCAUGGAAUUCCGGUAGAAGUGAUCGGGCAAACUAAUUUGCCGGAUUUUCACAUGACACAUUAUGUUCAUGAAAAAGCAACAUUCCACUAUCCAGCGGGUGUUUGGGAUCAUUUGAACAUAAAGUUAUACUUUCGUCGGUCUUACGGUUUCUACUUAUUGCAAAUCUAUCUUCCAACGUACUGUAUGGUACUCAUUUCAUGGAUAUCAUUUUGGUUGGAUCGUCGAUCCCUUCCAGCUCGGGUCACCGUUGGCGUUUCGUCAAUGAUGGCACUUACUUUGCAAUAUUCCAAUGUUGCAAGGACACUUCCAAAGGUCUCAUAUGUAAAGGGUUUGGAUUUAUUUAUGUUCGGUUGUGUUGGCUACAUAUUUUUAUCAAUUGUUGAAUUAGCUAUUGUUGGAAUGUUGGAAAAAGCGGCGACAUCAAGGAGUCACGGGAAUACUGAAAAUGAUAAUGAUGAAUCUAACCCGCUUCUGAAUGAAUCCCGGUCAGGUAGACAAUUGUUCAGGGAAAGUCGUCGGAGGAAGUUAUCAUUAAUUGAACGGGUUGACAAAGACUCACGGAUAUCCGGAAAAGUUAAUGUUGAUCUAAACAACAGUUUGUGGAUGCGUAAUGAGGGAACAUUCAUCGAGUACAAUGAACGAAAGCAAUCAUCAAUUCGACAUCCGGAAAUAAUGAAAUUAGAUGACUACAGUGCGUAUUUCAAUCUAAG